CGACGGGCGUGUGUCCCGGAGACGCGUCUCUUUUUGGGCUAAUAGGUGCUUACGGUCAUAGCUAGCUUUAGCAUGCUAACGUCCCCUGAAUGAGUUGUCUACAGCUGGAGAGCCACCGCUAGCCUCCUAAGCUAACCUGUAGUUACGCCGUCACCUGCUGUCAUUGAGUCGAUAUCACUCUAAUGCUCCAUUUUCCGAAACCGUCACUUCUUAGUUUAGCGCUGAAAACAUCAGCCAACGCAGUGACCUGCUACAUCUUAAAGAGAGAGCCACUGAUGGCUCCCUGCAAAAUGAAGACUGGACCCUCAACAUGGAAAUAUGCGACAUCAUCAAUGAAACAGAGGAUGGGCCAAAAGAUGCCAUUAGAGCAGUGAAGAAGAGGCUGAAUGGCAACAGGAACUAUAGAGAAGUGAUGUUGGCUUUAACGGUUCUGGAGACAUGUGUGAAGAACUGCGGCCAUCGUUUUCAUGCUCUUGUCACCAGCAGGGACUUUGUUGAUGGUGUGCUUGUUAAAAUCAUCUCUCCUAAAAACAACCCACCGACAAUCGUUCAAGAUAAAGUACUCGCCCUGAUUCAGGCAUGGGCAGAUGCAUUCAGGAGCAGUCCAGACCUCACAGGGGUCGUUCAAAUCUAUGAGGAGCUGAAGAGGAAAGGCAUCGAGUUCCCCAUGUCAGACCUGGAGACUCUGUCGCCUAUACACACACCUCAGCGGUCUGCAACUGCUCCAGAGGGUGACUCCACCUUAAACAAGUACAGCGCCCCCAUUCAGCCCACACCGCAAGUUGUCCCGCCAGCCUACAUUGAGCCUCAGGUCCCCAACAUUCUCGCCUCUGGAUCCAUCAAUCCUACAUCUGAACAGAUUUGCCGGCUGCGCAGCGAGUUGGACAUUGUUCGUGGAAACACUAAGGUGAUGUCUGAGAUGUUGACCGAGAUGGUCCCAGGACAGGAGGAUGCUUCAGACUAUGAAUUACUACAGGAGCUGAACAGGACUUGCAGAGCCAUGCAGCAGAGAAUAAUGGAACUCAUCUCCUGUGUUUCCAAUGAAUCCGUGACUGAGGAGCUACUGCAUGUCAAUGACGACCUCAACAAUAUUUUCUUACGCUACGAAAGGUACGAGAGGUUUAGGUCUGGGAGGUCUUCUGCUCAGAGCGUCAACAACGGGCUGAGACAGGUCCUUAGUGAGGCCACAGAGGACAACCUGAUAGACCUUGGCCCAGGCUCCCCUGCGGUGGUCAGCAACAUGUCCAACGCAGCCCCCACCAGCUUGCCUGCCACCAUCACUGCCCCUGCAGGAAGGCCCUCCUCGCCAGCCACCUUGGCCUCCCGCCUGGCUGGUCUCGACAUGGGUGCAGACAGUGUGAGCAGUACCCUGAGCUCUCUGUCCAGCUGUAAGCCGCCUCCUGCUCAGGACGACUUUGAUGUGUUCGCUCAAACCAGGACUGGAGCUAUGUCGGAACCACGCAAGAUUACCACAGCAGAAGACACCCACGCCCCUGGCAGCCUUCCUCCCACUCUGGACGUCCUACAGCCGACUGCAGGAGGGGGUGUCGGUGGCCAGUCCUCUGUCAUGGAUGACAUAGAGGAGUGGCUGAGUACAGACGUGAAAGGAGAUGAAGGUGAGGAAGGCGAGGAAGGUGUAACAAGCGAAGAGUUCGACAAGUUCCUCGAGGAAAGAGCCAAAGCUGCAGAGGUGACACCCAGCCUACCGUCGCCCCCCAGUGGCGACCCAGGUGCAGGGCAGGGAACCCCCAACCGCAAGAAAGCAGACAGGCCAGAGGACGCUUUGUUUGCCAUGUAGACCUUCAACCUCUGACCCUCGAUUGCCCCCCCCAGCCCGACCAGCUGAGCAGCAUCACCCAAUGACAGACUGACCUGACGUUAAAACACAUCCACCUGAUACACACUUCAGUUACACUACACAGAUUCGUGCUGUCCUUGUUAAAAAAAGAAAAAAGAAUGAUCGAAUGCUCUCAGUUAAUUUUGGAUCUCGCCCCCAUGAUGUCAGAGGCAAUGAGGCAGCCUGCUUAUUCCUUCAUCUCUCUGUGUGAAGAGUCUCCCUCCGUCUGCUGUGGACUGCAGAGCUUCAUGUCGCAGCUUAUCCUGAUGAUGACAUGUAGAGUUUUAUAAAAACAAAAAGAGUCAUUGUCCUAAGUAGGCGAUCCAUUUCCUUCCCAAGCCUUCAGCAGCAUGAAUUAAGACCAUCCAACCUUGAUGAUUUCAAUUUUUAAAAGAACCCCCAACAGAAGCAUUAAAGUUGAUUUUGCAGAAUUGCUCUUGAAAGGCAGAAGCACCGAGCCUACAUAUACAGAUAUUCUUUUGGUGUUUGUAUCAGUACCUUUGCAAGUCUGUCUAAGUUGGAUUGUAAAUCUGUAAAUGACAAAUGUCCAGUUUAUUAGUUGUGUGUAUAUUUAAGCUCCAAUAUGUAUGAAAGAGACGUUGAUUUAAUGUAGAUUUUUGAAAAGGGUUUAUGCUCGCAGCUGCUCUGACAAUAGGGAUGUGCCUCACCGGGCACAAAAAAAGGGAAUAGUACAAUUUACAAACUCUAAAUCAGAAAGAUGAAGAAGGGACUUUAGUUUUGUGAUCAGUAUAAUUGCGCAACAAACUGACAAAUGUUUUUUUCCGUUAAAAGCUUGUGCCUGCAAAGGUUUGGCGACCCGUUGGUGGAAACAGAUUUAUUGAGAUUAUUGUGCUGAGAUUUUAUGAGUGUGAAGCUGCUGUAGUUCCGUCUGCUCCACAGAUCUUCUUGAUGUAAACAUCCGUAUGCUGAAGAUGGAUGCAAAGAUAUUUUUGUGUCGUUGAAUGUUUUAAACAGGUUCCCAGUCUGAGUUGCUGGCACCUGAGGAGAUGAUACUGUAUGUAAGGGACCAAACUUGUGUUUUCUUCUGGAUGUGGGAGGAAAGUUCUGGAUAACCAGUGUGUCCGCGCACUUUUACCCAGAAUCCACAGCUUUAUAUGUAUAAGGGAUGACUGUGUCACACUACAAAAGCUGUUUGCACAUAUAUUUUUCUCUGUGCAUUUCUCCUUUGUUUCAUGUCAUCUUAAAAGGCCUGACCUUUCAACAUGACAUUUGUUUUCAGAAAUGAGCUCACCGCAGAUGCAGCGCCACAAAUGAGACAUUUUACUCCUUUGACAAUAAUAAAUGCCUCAUGUUACACAAUCAUAACAAGCUGCAAACAAGCAUGCACUCUGACGGCUGUGUUACCUUUCAACUUGUGCUGUGAAUCAGCAAACACUUAACCAGAUGGAAAAGAAAUAUUUCAGCUGAGGUGUAGAAAUAUUUU